AUGAGGUUUUCGACUCUGAUUCUCUUUACCUUAGCCUCAAUAUUAGCUAUAUCAGCUGAACAAUGUGGUAGACAAGCUGGGGGUGCCCUAUGCCCAAAUGGGCUAUGCUGCAGUGAACAUGGUUAUUGUGGCACCACAUCUGACUACUGCAUAAAAGGUUGCCAGAGCCAAUGCAGGCCUGGUGGUUCAACUCCAAAUCCCCCCAAUCCCACCCCUUCCCCCGGCGGCAGUGGCGGCGGCGACAUUGGCUCCCUCAUCAGCCUAGCACUUUUCAACCAAAUGCUUAAAUACCGGAACGAUGCUAGAUGUCCAAGUAAUGGAUUCUACAGAUUCGAUGCUUUCAUCACCGCUGCGAAAUCUUUUAACGGAUUUGGCACAACCGGAGAUGUUGCUACACGAAAAAGGGAGCUUGUAGCAUUCUUGGGUCAAACAUCUCAUGAAACAACAGGUGGGUGGCCUAGUGCACCAGAUGGUCCAUAUGCAUGGGGAUAUUGCUUCAUUCGGGAAAGAGGCGAACCGGACUAUCCCUGUGAUCCGAGCAAGGGGCCAUGCCCUCCCGGUAAAAAGUACUUUGGUAGAGGACCCAUCCAACUCACUCACAACUAUAACUAUGACAAAGCGGGUAAAGCCAUUAGGGCGGAUCUCAUAAACAAUCCGGAUUCGGUAGCGACAAACCCGGUCAUAUCAUUUAAGACUGCCAUUUGGUUCUGGAUGACCCCACAAUAUAACAAGCCCUCAAGCCACAAUGUCAUCACCGGAAUAUGGAAACCAUCCGAUGCAGACAGAGCAGCGGGUCGGGUCCCGGGUUAUGGUGUCAUCACCAACAUAAUCAAUGGUGGGAAGGAGUGUGGCAAAGGUCCAAAUGAUAAGGUGGCUGAUCGGAUUGGAUUCUACAAGAGGUACUGUGACAUACUGGGCUUGAGCCAUGGCAAUAACUUGGAUUGCAACAAUCAAAGUCCCUUCGGGCCAUAAACAGCUCUGGUGUUAAAGAAUUGGAGACAAGAAUAAGAAUAUUAGUAAAAUAAUGGGAUGGACCAGCCUAUGUAACUAGUAUCCAAAUAAGAGAAUUUGAGAACUACCACUUAUUGUAUUUUCAAAUCCAAAGUUUAAAAUUUGUGUGUAUUUUAUUUUGCUCUUCGUCGUAAUGAAAUCUCGGGCAAUUUCAUGUUUGUGUAAUUGAGUUGGUCCUUAA